CCGGAGUACCGAAUAAUUUAUAAAUACUUACAGCAAGUAUUUCUUCAACACUUUUUUAAUACAUGCGCAUUAAUAAUAUGGUCGGUCAUACGACAAGUGGACAUAUCUUCUUACGAACAACACACAAUUAUACAAGGGGUUGCUGCUGAAGAAAAAGAACGUGCCUUCCCUCGCCCAUAAGAAAAAAUUUAAAUUUUUAAGCAUAAAGCUUAAAAUAGAGCAAUGAAAGGAACAAAAGACCCACAGAGCUUUAAUUUUAAAUGUAUCAUUGUAUUAUUAGUUAUUUUCAUCUGUGAAAUUGAAUCUGAUGACAAAAACAUUAACAAACUUCUUAAUAAUCAAGUAAUUGUUAGUAGACAAAUAAUGUGUGUUUUGGAAAAAAGCCCUUGCGAUCAAUUGGGAAGGCAAUUAAAAGCCGCACUUCCAGAAGUUAUUUUAAGGAAUUGUCGCAAUUGCUCUCCUCAACAAGCCCAAAAUGCUCAAAAGUUAACCAACUUUUUACAAACAAGAUAUCCAGACGUUUGGGCAAUGCUUCUUAAAAAAUAUCGAAAUGUUUAAGCCUAGCCUUAACUAAAUAAAAAAUAAAACAUAAUAUAAAAUUUUUAA